AUGGCGGCGGCGACGACGGGGGGCAGCUCCCUCAGCAUCGUGGAGUAUUUCGGAGGAGAGGACGGUUACCGCUGCGGCUACUGCAAGGACGACAGGGGCAACUUCUCUUACGGCAUGUGGGCGCAUUCAUUGACUGUUCAAGAUUAUCAAGAUCUUAUAGACAGAGGAUGGCGAAGGAGUGGAAAAUAUGUUUACAAGCCCAUUAUGAAUCGGACAUGUUGUCCUCAAUAUACAAUAAGAUGCCGUGUUUUGCAUUUCCAGCCUUCUAAAUCCCAUAAGAAAGUUCUAAAGAAGAUGCCGAGAUUCCUAACAAAAGGGGAGACUUCUAAAAUAAAUAGUGAAGGGGAACCCAUGGAUUCCCACACAGAAGAUACUGGCUGUAAUGUUUUGUUAAAGAAUGAACCAGACACCAGCCAAUCUGAACUAGAACCCGACAAUAUUUACACAGAAAAGGUGGAGAGUGAAGAGGAAGAAAUAAAAGGAGAAAUAAUUGUAAAGACAGACUCUGGACACACUGAACCCUGUAACGAGAAAGAUAAGGCCAACUUGAGCAAGCCAUUGAAUCCAGCUAAAGUUGGUCAUGCACCUCCCAAACCAGGCAAAGGAGCAGACUUAAGCAAACCGCCCUGUCGUAAGGCCAAGGACAUACGGAAGGAGCAGAAAAUGCAGAAACGCCUUCAGAACCAGACAGGGAACCAUGCACUUCAAGAAGAACCUCAGAUUUCCCAAAGGUCUGAGCCUAAAGCAAACCCGCUGAAAUCAAUUGAAGACUUCGUUUUUGUCACCUUGCCUUCUGAAGCUGUGCACCAGUUAGAGGUGAGGCUGGUGAGAUCAUCUCCACCAAGUUCCCAGUUCAAAGCCACAUUUCAGGAGUCUUACCAGGUCUAUAAACGUUAUCAGAUGGUUAUUCACAAGGACCCACCUGAUAAACCAACCGCCAGUCAGGUGAGGUUAGUACGAGUCUCUUUUGAGGACCCACAAUUCAGAUCAUCUUUCACCCAGUCGGCCACUUUAUUUGCCAAGUAUCAGAUGGCCAUACACAAGGAUACUCCUCCUGAAUGUAACAAGGACCAGUUCACAAGGUUCCUCUGUGAUUCUCCGCUUGAGGCAGAAAAUCCACCGAAUGGUCCUGAUUGUGGCUAUGGUUCUUUUCACCAGCAAUAUUGGGUUGAUGGAAGGAUAAUUGCUGUGGGUGUCAUUGACAUUCUUCCAAAGUGCGUUUCUUCUGUGUAUCUCUACUAUGAUCCUGAUUAUUCCUUUCUGUCUUUAGGAGUCUACUCUGCAUUAAGGGAAAUUGCUUUUACUAGGCAACUUCAUGAAAAAGCUUCUGACCUAAGCUAUUACUACAUGGGAUUUUAUAUUCAUUCUUGCCCAAAAAUGAGAUAUAAGGGCCAAUAUAGACCUUCUUACUUGUUGUGUCCAGAGACGUAUGUCUGGGUACCCACUGAGCAAUGCCUGCCUUCUCUUGAGCAUUCAAAAUAUUGUCGCUUCAAUCUGGAUGCCAAAGCAGUUGAUGAAGGGGGUGUUAAAGAACUGGGUCGAGUUCGGAUUCUUCACAAGAGAACAGUCAUGCCUUACAGCGUGUAUAAGAGAAGGAGAAAGGGGCCCAGUGAUGAAGAAAGUGUUCAGCAAUAUGCCACUUUGGUGGGACAGGCAUGUUCAGAGCGAAUGUUGCUCUUUAAAAGUUGAAACAUUUGUGGAGAUCUUCUGUCCUACUUCUAGAUUGUA